ACAACAACAACAACAACAACAUCCUCUAGUGUCCUUAGACGCCCCACUAGCACUCCCGUCCGCACCAUUCGCAUUUUCACUGGACUGGGCGCCAUGUUUGACUGUAACGUCGUGACAGCGUCCUCAGCCAUAACUCGAUGGACACACAAUGGGAUGGUUGUCAGGGAGAACAAUAAUACCAGGUUGACGCCUGAUGGGCAAAACCUGACCAUUUUGAGCGUAUCCACGAUGGACAUAGGCGUGUACUGCUGUCUCGGAGGGAACGGGACACAACCCGAGUGGUCGUCAUGUACUAGACUGGAUGUCAGAACAGGACCUCAGAUCACAAGACCACCUAUCAACGUGACAGCCCUCGCUAACACUAGAACAUCUCUACGCUGUGGCGCAACAGGCAACCCCAGUCCUGUGGUCAUCUGGGAGCGCGAGGGAUACCCCAUCGAGAUCGACCAAAGAAAGAGCAUCCUUCAGUCGGGAAACCUGCGGAUCAAGGAACUGCAGUUGAGCGAUGGAGGGCGGUACAGAUGUGUAGCGAGCAAUGAAUACGGGCAGACCUACUCAAACUAUGCAUACCUCACUAUUCAAGUCCCAGCUGAGAUCCUACAGGGUCCGUCCAAUAGGAACGUGUCCUUCGGCACAGAGGUGACGAUGUCGUGUUUCGUUUGGGGCAUUCCGCAGCCCAACAUCACCUGGUACAAGAACGGCAAACCUCUGUCUCCGCGGUUCUCAACCAUACAAAAUAUCAAGAGAUUGAUUUACCCAGAGACCAACACCACCUACACAGAGUCCAUGUUGACUGUGAAGGCCACCUCCCCCUCUAACUAUACCUGCGAGGCGCGAAACCAACACUCCGGUGGGGUCACCGUCCUCCGUAGAACUGGUCGAGUCGUCAUCACGGACAAGAGCAAGUACCAGAGCCCUGCAGGCUACUGUGCGCCCUACUCAGGCAAGAUGUGCCGGAAACACGUGGGCAGCCGGAUGGUGUGGUACAACAGCUCGCUGGAGAAUCCUGAACAGCAGAACGAGGCCAUCGUGCAGGCGCUGGAGAUCGAGCUGCUCAGUACGGUCAGCAGCAUGUGCCGCCCCGUUGCGGAGGCGCUGCUGUGCCAUUACGCCUUCCCCUACUGCGACACUGACACUGGCGAGCCCCGGCCUGCACCACUAUGCAGAGAGCAGUGCCUAGCUGUGCGGAACAUUUUAUGUUUCCAGGAGUGGGCCCUACUGAUGGAAAAGAAGCGUUCGGGGAUCUACCUACGUUCCCGCGGACACUUCCGCCUCCCGGUCUGCGAGGACCUUCCCAGUGUUUUCAAUGGCACCAGGACCUGCUCUAAUGCUUCUGUGUUUGAGAUGAAGUCAGAGAUGGUGACAGUUGACUGUUACCGUGGGAAGGGCCGAUAUUACCAGGGUACGCUGAACGUUACUGAGUCAGGAUAUCCCUGCCAACCCUGGGCAGCUCAGGAGCCACACCAGCACGACCGCCUACCUGAAUACUUCCCUGAGCUACAGAACGCAGAGAACAGCUGUCGUAACCCUGGGGGUGAGGAGCCCCAGCCCUGGUGCUACACCACCAACCUCCGCACGCGCUGGGAGAAAUGCAACAUCCCCCGCUGUGAGGAUGACACAAGUACCGUACAAAUUGACGCCGACAAAAACGAGGAAACCUGGACGCUCGGCAGGGAUGACUUUCCUUAUUGGUCGGAUGGUAAGGAGGAGUACAUGUGGUGGUACGGAGGAACCCCGCCUACACAAGACGAGGUACACGGUACUCCGCCUUCGAGAAAGGACUGGCGCGUAACUGCCUUGCCCCGGUUCCCUCCUGAAAUAGCCCAGAUGGAAGACGGGACUGAAGAAACCUUUAUCGACCUAGACAUGCAAGUUGUGGCCAAACAGAAAGAGGAAGAACUUGAAAAAGAAGUUGAAAGUGAAAUUGAGUGGGCUAUUGAGGAAGAGCUAGAACGUGACGUGACGACCACUGUUGCGGGUACCACGCCGAGUGGCGAUUGGUACGACGAAACAACAGCCACAACCAAUCAGGUCAGCGUCAGUCCUGUCCCCUCCCAGCCUAGCAACCAGGCUUUGCAGGACGAAAUCACGACACUCUGGGACGUCCUCCAGACUCUCGUACGCAACAUGAACAAGCUAGCGGAGGAAGAAGAAGAAACAGACCGCGAGCUGAGAAGGCUGGACAAAACUGUAAAAGCUCUAGAGAAGGAGAUGACAUCACGUUACAACAUGCUGACUAAGGAACUCGAGUCGGCCAAAGAGACCAUCGCACAGCUGGAGGAAGAGUUAGAGGAGCCUUAUGAGCAAGGGGGCGGGGUUAAUGAACAGGGGGGUGGGACUGAUGAGGAAGCGGGAGGGACUGAUGAGCAAAGCAGAGGAGCUGAUGAGAGAGGGGAAGGGACUGAUGCACCUGUAACUUAUGAGGCACGGCGGGGCGGGACUGGAGGGAGUUCACUUCUCUCAGCUCAGAAGGGCCUGAUGAUAGUUUUGCUAGUCUGUUGCUGGAUGCUAAGUGUACUGAUAUGUUGCCCCCCUUCUCCUGUGCCUCCUUCUGCAACAGAUAUCUCCAACUCUUCUGUCCCCUUCCAUCGCGCCACCACAGCCCCUCCUCAGGCAAACAACGCCCAAUCACCUGCAGAGGCUGUCGCUGGGAGCACGCAGAGACCCCUAGUGGUACCUGAGGGUACUGCUGACCCCAAGUCAGACAACUUCACCAUCCCGCUAGACUCUGUGGCAACAGAGGAGCUGCAGGUAGCAGAGAAGAACAUCGUGUUGUCGUCCACCACGCUGAUUAUCGUGAUCUCAGCGGUGUCUGGCUGUGUGGUCCUGGUGCUGGUGGUCUGUAUCCUCAUGAUGUGUAACAAACUCCUCAAGCAGUACAGCAGGAACGCCUCUGCUGCUGCGCAAGCUGUCAGCUACGACCUUCCUCCUCCUCGUGCUUCCAGCUUCCGCUCCUGUCCCUCCCCGCUUUCCUCUGUGUAUUGUAGCUCUCUGCGUCCGCGCUCCCUGCCCUUCUAUCCCCACUACAGGGAGGAAGAAGACACACCUUCCAAACUCCCAUCUGAGAAGGCGGAAAAGGCAGCUUCGGAAUCCCCUGUUCCCAAGUUUGCCACCAGUAACGGAGGGGGUGUUGGCCUUCCUCCAUGUAACACCUUCAAUUCUAUACGUGGACCGUCCCCCCCUCCCCUCCCUGAUGAGUUGAUGCUGGACAAGCUGCCAGCAAACCCCAUGUACCACCGCUCGGCCCCCACCCUCAUGAACCCCAAACUGGAGAAACUGGAGUAUCCCAGGAACGACAUCGUCUUCAUACGUGACCUGGGGGAGGGCGCGUUUGGCAGGGUGUUCCAGGCCAAAGCUCCGGGAAUCGUGCCCGGGGAGGACCACAUCAUGGUCGCGGUGAAAAUGCUGAAGGACGAGGCCAGCUUAGACAUGCAGCGCGACUUUGAGCACGAGGCUCUGCUCAUGUCGGAGUUCGAUCACCCCAACAUUGUGAAACUGCUGGGCGUGUGCGCGGUCGGCAGGCCACUGUGCCUGUUGUUCGAGUACAUGGGUCACGGAGACCUGAACGAGUUUCUGCGCCUGUCCAGCUCCAGCCAGUACUUGAUCCGGCGGGAGGGCAGGACUACGGCCACCCUGCCGAAACUGGACAACAUCGAUCAGCUUCACGUUGCCAAACAGAUCGCCUCCGGGAUGAAAUACCUGGAGAGGAAGAACUUCGUACAUCGGGAUCUCGCCACGCGGAACUGCUUGGUCGGCGAAGGAUUAACGGUAAAAAUCGCAGACUUCGGACUGGCACGGCAGAUGUAUUCCUCGGAUUACUACAAGGCAGAUGAAAAUGACGCGGUGCCGAUCAGAUGGAUGCCGCCAGAGUCUAUACUGUACAACAAGUACACGACUGAGUCAGACGUGUGGGCGUACGGGGUGGUACUGUGGGAGAUCUACUCCUUCGCUCUGCAGCCCUACUAUGGCAUGACACAUGAGGAGGUCAUCAGAUACGUCCGUGACGGGAACGUCCUAUCGCAGCCUGACACCUGCCCGCACGAGGUCUACCAGUUGAUGAGGAGAUGUUGGUCCAAGGUUCCGUCCAACCGGCCCUCCUUCGCUACAAUCUACAAGGCGCUGUGCACAAUCUUCGACGAGUACGUCAACAGAGCUACCAUGGUGACCAACGUCACGUGAAGAUUUCCCUUUGCUAAGCCAGUAUAUGUAUAUCCAAUAUUUGGACAAACCAGGAGCAAACUGAUAAUAAGAACGGAAUAAGAGAGAAAGUGUAGUGAUGUCACUACCAUGUAUAGCAACUUUCUCUUGUUGCAUAAUCAUAAUGACUGUUUUGUACAAUGUCCUGCAGGUACUACAUUUAUAGCAAUCAAAUUGUACAAACAGGAGUGGAGGGAUUAUCUAGAACUUGUAUACUUGAGAUGUUCAUGUAUUUCUUUAUAUUUGAUUGUCUAAGAUUCUGAACUGAACUGAUCUGAAAUGAUGCUUUGAAAAAGUCUUGGAGCAGGAAUCUUGCCAGUUGGACUAGAAAAACAAAAACAAAAAAACAAAGGGAACAAGAUAAAAUGAAAAUCAUGUUCAUAAUGAACUCCUGCUAUUGAUGAAGAUACAGAUAAGAAAGCUACAAGUAUUUGUAUGGCGAAGAUUAUAAUAAACAGCACAAAGGCAUACAUGUACCUUUUGUACAGUAUGUGUACAUGUAGCACAGUUACAGGCCCUCAUUUUACAAAAGGACACUGUGUUAUUGCUCCCAACUUAUUUUCCAUUUUUCAUUUUACUGAGAAUGGCAUUAAGUAACAUGAUUUUUGUCGGCUUUGCAAAUGUUGCUCAGAGGCAUCGGAACACUGUAAUAUUAUAACAGCAAUUUGCAAUGUUCACACUGUAAUAUUAUGAUACAUCUUUCUUGAUUCAAGAGUUUUCUCAAUCAGUCCAGAGGUAGAGACAAACCUUUGUUGCUCAACAUGUGAACUUUUGUAAUCCUUUCAAUUGAGUUGAUGUAAAUCUAAACAUGUAGAUAAAAUGCUGGUACAAGAGGAGCAAGUGGAACUUUCUUUUGAAAGUGCAAGUAUGAAAUGAAUGUUUAAAGGCAAACUAUUGUAUAUAUAGGAAAGACAAUGUUGGGAACAAUCAAACGUUGUUACAAGAUAGAGGAUUAGAGUUGGUUUUAGAUUUUGAUAAAAAAAAUGGAAAAGUUUGCUUUUGGUGCCAUACAAUUGGGUUUAAUUGUAAAAAAUGAUUUGACACCCAAAGUGUUGGUAGAUCUCUUUGCAAUAAAAAUUAAGUCAACACCCUUGGAAGAAUCUCAGCUUUUGUAAGAAUGCUUGAGGCAUUCGGAUGGAUAACAUUUUCCCUGCCUAUAGUAAGAGAAGCAGUUUUCUUGUUUAAAAUGAGAGACACCAGGUGAUCAGUAAACCAGAAAAAUAGUUGUGGCUUCUAGAACACUCAAAUUGCAAAUGAUUUAUCUAUUACAUAAUUGUGUUACUGUACUGUUUUUUUUAACAGGAUUGCAAUUGUAGUGAACAUGCGAUACUUGUUAUUACCUUUAGUUGGCACUUUGCGGAAACCUCUUUGGUAGCUGUGUCUGAUAUGCAGUAGCCUGGGUACCAUCUGAUUUCUACCGGGACUUUAGAGUAGCGAGUGUAAUAUGCAGUUUAUGAUGCGUUAAAUAAAGAUAUGGAAACAUGACUUUUUUCUAUAACCUGCUUAAGUUUGCCUUAAGUUUGGUAAUCCAAGAUGAUGCAGUUGAUUUAAGUUCAAGUUGAUGUCAAAAAAGAGUUUGUUGUAUUUACUGUUAAGUUUCUAUUGUACAGACCAAUGUAAAUAUAUAUAUGAAUAUGUAUCUCCUGUACAUUCAUUGAAGUACUGUAAUUAAAAAGAAAUACAGAUUGUU